GCCUACUCACCCCCUGCCUAGGCCUACUCACCUCCUGCCUAGGCCUACUCACCUCCUGCCUAGGCCUACUCACCUCCUGCCUAGGCCUACUCACCUCCUGCCUAGGCCUACUCACCUCCUGCCUAGGCCUACUCACCUCCUGCCUAGGCCUACUCACCUCCUGCCUAGGCCUACUCACCUCCUGCCUAGGCCUACUCACCUCCUGCCUACUCACCUCCUGCCUAGGCCUACUCACCUCCUGCCUAGGCCUACUCACCUCCUGCCUAGGCCUACUCACCUCCUGCCUAGGCCUACUCACCUCCUGCCUAGGCCUACUCACCUCCUGCCUAGGCCUACUCACCUCCUGCCUAGGCCUACUCACCUCCUGCCUAGGCCUACUCACCUCCUGCCUAGGCCUACUCACCUCCUGCCUAGGCCUACUCACCUCCUGCCUAGGCCUACUCACCUCCUGCCUAGGCCUACUCACCUCCUGCCUAGGCCUACUCACCUCCUGCCUAGGCCUACUCACCUCCUGCCUAGGCCUACUCACCUCCUGCCUAGGCCUACUCACCUCCUGCCUAGGCCUACUCACCUCCUGCCUAGGCCUACUCACCUCCUGCCUAGGCCUACUCACCUCCUGCCUAGGCCUACUCACCUCCUGCCUAGGCCUACUCACCUCCUGCCUAGGCCUACUCACUUCCUGCCUAG